AAUGAUUAUUUUUAUUCUGAUGAACUUGAUUUUGCUAAAGCACAAAAUUUUAAGAAAAAAUAUCAUAAAGUAUUAUCUUUAACAACAGAAUAUAAUUAUCUUAAUUUGAAAACAAUUAAUACUGAAGAAAAAUAUCAAGAAUUAAUAUUUAUUGCAGCUUCUUUAAAAAUGGAACUUCAUCCAACAAAGAAAAAGAUUAAUAUAGUGAUUUCUGGUUCUUGUGCAUCAGGAAAAUCAAGUGUUGGUUAUUUGUUAGCAACAAAAUUAAAUUACCAAUUUAUUGAAACUGAUUUAUUUUAUCAAUAUCUAGCGUCAAAAACAUCAA